GCUUUUGUACCCUUGAUCUGAAAUGUCAAAAUUUAAGUGUCAAAUUACUCAAAUACUACGUGCAAGUGUGAUAUGAGGUUUCCGAUUAAAUCGGAUUAAUACAGAAUUAAUAUUGUUGUGUAGUUUACCUUGCGUUGAAUUUGACGAAGAUAUAAAAUGACCAGAAAAGAAGACGUGGUUGUGUUUAGUUACUACGACUGUAUCAUUAGAGAAUCUGAUUUGAAAAUUCUCCAAAGCAAUGGAUGGCUGAAUGAUGCAAUCAUAAGUUUUUAUUUUGUUUAUUUGGAACAAGAACUAUUCAAAAACCACAAUGAGUUGCUUUUCAUAGGACCGGAGGUCACCCAAUGUCUCAAAGAAAGCCCCUCAAGUGAAAUUCCAAUCUUCCUAGACCCCUUGGAGGCUCAGCACAAAGAUUUUAUUUUUAUGGCUGUGAAUGACUCUGGAAAAUCGGCUGGUGGCUCUCAUUGGAGUUUGUUGGUCUACAAUCGCCUUGAAAAUAAGUUCUAUCAUCUCGAUUCAUCCUCACACACGAACUACCAACCAGCUUUGAAGCUAGCUCGCAAUGUAGGUAAUUACUUUAGCCCUUCCUCUGAGGUUAAUUUGGAAGAGAUGACAUCUCUUCAACAAGAUAACUCCUAUGAUUGUGGAAUCUACUUGAUCUGCAAUCUAGAAAACCUAGCACAUCAUGUUACUACCCAUGGACAUUUGGAACAAGUCCCAUUCAUAAAGAAAGAUAUUGUUGUUAACAUGCGUAAUGAACUCCUAGAAAUCAUUUCAGAACAAGUGGAAAAAAGCAAAAAUCAGGAUUAAUGGUAACAUUAGGUUAGUUUCCACUUAGCCAGGACUAGGCCAAAACUAUCACAGAAGCCUAAUAUUUAUUCUUGAGCAAAAAAAUAAAAUAAAAAAAGAGCAUAUGAUUGUUGCUAUGUACCAACCAUUUUGCCUUUAACACUCUAGGCCUAGAAAAAUUUAACAAAAAUAGGAUUUCAAAUUUGUGGUCUUUUUGCAGCAGUAUUAACUUACUUAUAGGAUAAGAAAAUUUCUUAUUUAAUGUAGGCAGACUAACUUACCGGUACUUGUUUUAAACAGAUAUCAUGUCAGUACAAAUGAAUUAUUCUAAUCUUAGCAUUAACUUACUUCCUAAACAUGUUGUUUUAUAUCCGUUAAUAUGUUUAACCUCGGAAUUGUUUUGAGGUUAGUCCUUAAAUUUUGUUGAUAAAGUUUGUUUACUAUUAA